AUGGAACUAGCCCAAGUGGUGAUGGUAAUGAAAGCAAGACGUAUUGGAAAUCGAGACAAAAUUUCAGUUCAAACUCGUGCGAUAUUGUCGGAGGUAGGAACCUCGUUAGUACCACAAAAGAAGGCCUCAAAGACUAAAAGUCAAUACAGUUUUGAAGACUUUCAUUGUGUAACCGUACAAAGAGUACAAAGGCAAAUUAAUCACCUGGACGGACAAUCGAUCGCUGUUAUUGUUAGAGCACAAUCAUCUAAGAAGAAAGAAUAUGAAUUCCUGAUUCUU